GGACGUUUCGAACGAUGCUGCAUCCUUGUAUGAGGACUUAUUAAGAAGGAAGGAUGAAGAUCCUCGUUGGUACAUCGCAAUUGAUUGGGACAGAGAAACAUAUACCCGAAAUUCACUUGUUCCAGACAUUUUUGAACGUAAAUGGGUACAGCUAACUGAAAAGUAUAAUGAACCUAGAGUGGUUAAGUAUCUACGAACAUUAUAUUCAUCAAAGAGUGCAUGGGUGCGUGCAUAUACGGCAAAGAUUUUUACUGCCGGCAUUCAAACAACAUCAAGAGUCGAGAGCUAUAAUGCUCAAAUAAAACGAUUGGUCUUGAACUCUAAUAUUAGCCUCCUUGAACUUGCUGAAGCUUUGGAAGCAAACAUAAGUGAAGAAAGAAACAGAUCUAAAUAUAUUUACUGGAAAACUCAGAUUCCAUUAACAUCAUCUGUCAUCACGCUACCACAAGCAUUGUUUCCCGAAAUUGAUAGGGCUUUGAGCUGUUUUCUUACACCUGCAAUGCUAAAAGUUCAGCGCACUGAGAUUAAAAGUUGCUUAAAUUAUCAAGCAUCUGCCAUUACAAAAGCUGAACUAAUUAAAUAUCAAGAGAGCUUUUUAUUUAAGCCUGAAUCAGAUGCUAUACAAUUUAUUGAAGAUGACGAAGAUGUAAUGCAGGUUUCUAUAAGCUAUGUGCUAAAAAAUGUGGACGUCAAUCAGAUCGAAGAAAUCUGGGCCAUUCGCAUAAUUACGGCUUCAAAGUUCUGUCAUUUUGUUAUCCUUCUUUCCAAUAAGACUUAU